AGGUGUCGUGGAUCCACAUCGACAGGCACAUGCUCCUAACUCUACACGACACUGUGAUUACUAGAAAUCCACGCUUCCAUAUUAAUCACAAUGGACAUAGCACGUGGGUCCUUCACAUCACUGACGUCAGACAAGAAGAUCAAGGCCAGUAUAUGUGUCAAAUUAAUACAAACCCCAUGAUCAGCCAGAGUGGAUACGUGAGAGUAGUAGUUCCACCAAAAAUCGACGAAGGAAAAACAAGCUCUGAUGAAGAAGUUAAAGAAGGAAGUCACGUAACUUUACAAUGUCGUGCAUCCGGGAUACCUACUCCUAAUAUUACCUGGAGGAGAGAAGACAACAAAGAAAUUAUUUUAGGACGAAAAAAAGUUACCAAGGUGGUUGGAAAUUCACUAACAAUAAACAACGUCAAGAGAACCCACAUGGGGGCCUACCUGUGUAUUGCUUCUAACCAAGUACAGCCUUCUGUUAGUAAACGUAUAGUUCUUAGUGUGAAGUUCUCGCCUAUGAUCUGGACAAAAAAUGAAGUAGUCGGGGCAGCUGUAGGGACGAGUGUGACCCUGGAGUGUCAUCUGGAGUCUUAUCCUUCCUCCGUGACCUACUGGAAGAGGAACAGGAAUAAUAUAAUCAUCUCAGAUUCUAAGCAUGAUGUGAUGCCAGUAGAGAUUGACCUCUAUAAAGUGGAGAUGAGGUUAAGAAUACGAGAGGUUGACCACGACGACUUCGGCUCUUAUAGUUGUCAUGCCAAGAAUUCUCUGGGAGAGGUAGAAGCCUCCAUUAAACUACACG